CGCGCGUGUGCGCCGCAUUUUCCCGCCAAGCGCGAUACGCGCACACGCGUCCUGGAUUCCAAUUUCAAACGUUUAAAAAAAGCGGCUUAAAACAGUUUACUUUUUUUAUAAGUAUAGAAAAGUUUGGUGAUUAAAAAGUUUUGUUUACUUUUUCCAUCCAUCAAAAAAGUUUGUUAAUUGAAAAAGUUUUUAAAGUAAUCGUAACUUUAGCGACAAGUUUGAAUAACGCUUUUUUACAUAAAAAAAAAAAACACUGAAAAAGUUUGAUGAUACAAAACAGUUUUUGUACUUACUAUUAAAAAACCUAACUUUACCAGAUUAAAAAAAAAGUUUUGGGGUUAAAAGUUACGUAAUAAGUUUGGUGUUCUCAUUAGCUUUUUAUACAUGGAACAAUAUUAAAAGUUUUGUGUUAUUACGUACCUACGUAUAUAAGAAAGCAUAUUAUUUCACAAAGUGACUUACAAAGACUUUCAAGUUUAAAAUAAACAAACUUCGUUCAUUUGGUUAGAAGAGCUUUUGGUAUUCCGUUUUUCUAAGACAAUUUUAAAAAGAAAAUGUAUGGGAUUUCGAUGGGUUCUGUUGCCGCUGCGUCAGGAGCGGCGCGGUAGUUUGUGUUGUGCGGUGUCGUGAUGGUGCCAGCAUGUGGACGCUCGGCCUGCUGCUGCUGCUACUGAGUGAGGCCCUCGCCCGCAACGGCAGCUUUGUGGCCUUCAACAAUGUGUGGACAGUCCACUACCCAGCACGCAAGUCCAACGUUCGCCGGCAGAGCACCUUCCCGCCCUCCACACCGUUCCCCUGCCAGGACUCCAUACGAUGGGGCCGCAGCAGGCAGGUCCCCACGUCCGUCCACCGGCUGAGGCCAGGGGACAUAGACGUGGUGGCUGCGAUAGGUGACUCCUUGGUCGCUGGUAGCGGGGCGCUUGAGGAGUUUGCCCUCGGAGCCAUCGUGGAGUAUCGAGGAGUCUCGUGGUGUGCAGGUGGUGACAGCACCUGGCGGGAAUACCUGACGCUGCCCAACAUCCUCAAGGAGUACAACCCCAAUCUUCGCGGCUACUCCACGGGUACGGGAGAGUGGCUCGCGAAGAACUCUCGGCUCAAUGUGGCCUUUCCUGUCGCUUCUGAUCAGGACGCUUACAAGCAGGCUAAGAUCCUCGUAGCCCGCAUCCGCUCGUCGCCUGACAUCGACGUGUCGCGCGACUGGAAGAUGAUAACAGUCUUCAUCGGCGCCAACGACCUCUGCUCGGCCUCCUGCCUGUCCCCCGUGGCGUGGUCCCCAGCCGCACACGCCAGGAAGCUGGCCAAGGCGCUCGACUACUUCCACAAACAUUUGCCCAGGACUAUCGUCAACCUUAUACCUGUACUAGACGUGUCAGUGUCAGUACGGGUACUACGGCCGCUCAUGUGUCGCCUCAUGCAUCCUCUGUUCUGCACGUGCUUCCACCGAGGCGGAGGAGAACUGCUGGACCUGGUGCGGCAGGCGAGGCGGUACCAGGCUGCGGAGACUGCUCUAAUAGACUCCGGCCGAUACGACACGCGCGACGAUUUCACGGUGGUGGUGCAGCCGUUCAUGCGGUUGUUCAACGCGCCGAUGCCGCCGACUCAACCGUUGUCACUCGUCAUCCACCAGUCCUACAUCACUCAUGACUGCUUCCACUUCUCGCAGAAGGGGCAUGCACUUGCUGCGAACCUUCUGUGGAACAACCUGCUGGAGCCGGUGGGCAACAAGUCGGACAACGUGCCUCCCGUACUGAUGCACUCCUUCCGCUGCCCCUCGCGCCGCUCGCCCUUCAUCUUCACUGCCAAGAACUCGCAAGAGUUCUUUAGGACUGGCCAACAGGAGGGCGCUUUUGACUCACUAUGACUAGGAUG